AUGGAGAAUCAAAAAAGUAUGGCUACCACUUAUACUAUAAAUGAUUAUUUUGUUAAAAAACCAACCUUCAAAAUUAUAGUUUCUGGAGUGAAUAAUAAUUUAACAAAAAGGCAUCAUUAUAACAAAGGAAUGGAGAAAGAAAAAAAUUUGUAUAGUGAAAUAAAGAAAAAGAAAAAAACUUCUAUUGAUGAUGGGAAGCGUAAAAAAAUUGAGGGGACUGAUUUAUCUAUACCACCAAGUACAAUAAAAAUGAUAGAAAAUGCCGGUGAUUCAAGUACUCCUACUAAAGCUAUAAAUAUUCCAAAAUUACAAAUAUAUGCAAAAAUAAGUGAUUAUAAUUUAAAAAAUGAUAAAAUAGAAAUUAUUAAAGAAAAAUCAGAUAUUGAUUUUGGUUUUAAUUUUAUUUCUAAUAGUGGAGCUGUUAUACAUAGUAAUUGUGCCUUUAAUCAUGUCUUCAAACCAGAAGAUACAAUAAAAAAAAUUGCUCCAACAAUAUUAGCUCCAUUAUAUCAAUUACUUUUUAAUGGUUUAAAUGUAUCUCUAAUAUAUAUGGGAUCACUAGGAAAUGAUAAAACACAAUUUCUUUAUCAAAAUACUAUCAAGUCAAAUUACGGUUUUUUUCUUCAUACUCUUCAAUGGGCAUUUUCUCUUCUUUCAACAUAUCUUAAAUCUAAUUCACUUUUAGCAACAGAUGCAUAUUUAAAAAUUUCUGCACUACAUUUUUCACAAAGAAAUAAUACUAUUACAGAUCUUAUGUCAAUUUUUACAGAAAAUUUUGAACCUAAAAAAAAUCCUGAAUUUAGUAAUACAAGUUUUUAUGAUAAUAUAUCAGAUAUUUAUGAAAAUGAUGAUGAUAUUGAUAGAAUAUGUAAAGAAAUGAAAAAAACAGAAACAUUAAAAGAAAUUCAUAUACCAACUUUAGAAGAUGGUAUACAUUAUUUUAAAAAAAUAAUGGAAUUUCAAAAUCUUGGAGAUGAUGAUACUCAAAGAACAGAACAUACAUUUUAUUUUAUUAAUUUAUAUCGAAAACAAAAACAAUCAAAAAAUAAGGAAAAAAAAUCAGAUGAAACAGAGGAAUUUUCAAUAAUAAAAUCUACUUUAACAUUAAUAGAUAUGGGACUUGGUGAAAGAAAAUCAAAAGGAGAUCCCACAAUAAUUACAAUGCCUGGUAUUAGCAAUAUUCUUCAAUUAAUAUUUCAAGGACAUAAACACUUACUAACAAGAAAUUCACUUUUUACAUCACUUUUACAAGAAUAUUUAAAAACACCCAAAAAUAAGACAGCAGUCAUAUUAACAAAUUUUUCUCCAGGGGAUCGUGUUAAUGAUCAAGCUAAUUUAUUUCAUUUAUUUUGUAAACUUUUUAAAAUUACUAAUGGUAGUAAAAAUAAUUCACAUAAUAAAAAUAUAACUUUAAAUGAUAAUAAAUAUAAAAAUAAAAAUAAUGAUGAAGAUAUAUUAAAAAAUAAUCAAAAAAGUGAAACAUUAUCAGAAUUUUCUGGAGGAGAAACAGUUAUAUAUUUAGGUGAAGAAGUCAUCUCUAGAAGUAGUUUAUUAGGAGGUAGUGAAAAUGAUAAAACAUUAAAAGGUUCAAAUAGUGAUAGUAGUAGUAAAAAAUCUAUAAAAAAUAAAAUAAUUUCUUCUACAAAUGCCAUACCAAUUGAUUUUCCACCAACAAUAGAAAAACAAAUGUUGGCAGGAUAUAGAAAUAUUAAUUAUAUUAAUGAAUUAAAUAAUUUAGAUGAUAUUAAAAUAAGAAAAAAUAGUGGUAUUAAAAAUUUAAAAGAUACUGUAAUUGAAACUGUUUUUGGUGAAGAAUAUAUUUCUAAAGAAAGAGAAUAUAUGAUAUGGAAAUGGAUGAAAGAUAAUCAAAAAGAUAUUGACUCACAAAAUAUUAUAUUUGAAAAUUUUUAUGCUGAAAUGGAUAAACAAAAAAAGUUAAAAAAAAGUGAUAUAUCAAAGACAGAUUCAGGUAUUCAAUGUGAUGAUAAUGAAAUUGAUCAUGAACAAAUGAAACUAUGGAUAACUGGAAGGUAUCUAGAAGACAUAACAGAAGUUGAUGAAGAAAUAAGUUGUAAAAGUAAUGCAUUAAGUAGAAAAUCAAAAACAUGUUUUGAGAUUGGACAAAGUAUGCCAAGAGAGGCACUUGCAGAAAAAACAUUUUUAAAAGAUGAGGGUUGUUCUGUUGAUAAAAUUUUAUCACCUUUACGAAUAUUAAAAAAUUCUACUUUAAAAAAUGAACAUGAUUUAUCACAAUUAAGUUUAGAAGAUAUAUCAUUAAAUGAUAAUGGUAACAGUGAAGAUGAUUUUGAAUGUGAAAGUAUUCCAGAUGAUGAUCUUGAAAAAGCUAUGGAAGCAUCAUUAAAUUUAAGUUCUAUUAAAUCACAUGAAAUAUUAUCUAGAAUGAAUAAAAAUAUUAGAAAUAGUUUAAUUCAUAAUCCAAUAAUAGAAGAAAAAAGUAUUGAAAUUACCAAUUGUUCUACACAACCAUCAGAUUCAACAACACCCUCAGAUACGGCAUUUUAUAGGAAAGCUAGUUAUUUAGAAAUGUAUGCUGAAGAGAAAUUAAAUGAAAUUUUAGAUAAAGAAGAAGCUGAAAAUAAAAAGAAAAAACAAAAUAUUAUUGGUAAAAAAAUUAAAAAUGUUUUAUCUGAAAAUAUUCUUAAAUGUUGUGAUAAAAAUGGAACAAUAUCAAUAAUGAGUAAAAAUGGUGAUGCUUUUGUUUAUGAUAGUUCUUCAAAUGACAAUACAUAUUCAAAAAAAUCUUUUCCAAUAAUAACUAAUGACUUUAAUCGUACAGAUUCAAUGUAUCCAAUUAAUGGUAGUAUGAAUAAAGGUUUCAAACUUCUUACAUCUCCAACAGCAUUAAAAUGUUGUUUUAGUCCAAUGGUUAAUUCUGAAACAAGUAUUACUUCUGGUGAAUUUUCAAAACAACCAUCACCUGAAGAUAAUAAAGAACAACUUGUUGAAGGUGUUUCUAUAAAAGAAUCAAAAAUUCCAGUUAUUUCAGAGGAAGAUCGUCAACAAAUUAAAGAACAAUUAGUUAGUUAUAAUAAAAAACAAAAAACACUAACAAAUCUUUUUCAUCCACGUCAACAUUCCUCAUUACCUAUAACACCAUUAAAAAAACUUUCACUUCAAUCACCAUUAAAAAGAAUUGAAGAAGCUGAAAAUAAAAUAAAAUCUCAAGGUGGUGGUACAACACCAACUUCAUCAGCCACAAUAUUAAAUACUUUUGCCUCAAAGGAUAACAUUAGCAAUUGUCCCAGAAAUCGCAAUAGUAGAUCUAAUUCAAUAGAUGUUGUUGAAGGAUUUGAAAAUGAUUAUUUCACAAAAAAUAUUAAAAAAAAUAUUGGUAAAGGAAAAGAUAGAAAUGCACAAGAAACUUUUAGUAGUAGUAGUUGUAAUAAUACAAUUAAACGUUUCCCAAAACAAUGUUUAAAUGUUAACAACAAUAGAAAAAGUAGUAAUUUACCCAUACUUAUGAAUUCUAAACUUCCACCAUCUCCUUAUUCUAAGAUAACAAGUGCAAAAAUGGUUAACCAUAAUAACGGGACAGUCUCUUCAUCUGGACAUGGAUCUGAUGAAGCUGAAGCUUCAACAACUUUUAAAAGUUCAUCAAAUGGAUUGUCUUCAGGAAAUAAUUUAUCCCCAGUCUUUUCUAAAACACCAAAUAUUGGUGCUAGUGGAAGUAAAGGAAAAAAUAGAGAAAGUUUCAGUGCUAGUUCUGGUUAUGAGUCAGCGGACUAUCAAAAUAUUCACUAUAAUUUUAAGCAUUUAAAUAUCAAACAGUUAAAACGCACAUCGACAUCGAAUAACAUUUUUAUAGAUGGUUAUGCAAAUGAAACAAUUAAGAUGAUAAAAGAUGAACAAGAAACAUUAAAAAAAGAAUUAAAAGAAGCUCAGCAGCGUAUUCAAAUAUUUGGAUCUCCUGAAGAAGAAGAAAUGAGUUUGAGUGAUGAAAAAGUUUUUGAUGAUGUUGAUAAAGAUACAAUAAUUCAAACACUUUUAACAGAAAAUAAAGUUUUAAGAAAAAGAAUUCUUGCUGCUAGGAAUCAUGUAAUGAUGAUUACCUCAUUUCUUUAA